CAUAUCAACACACACAGACGUCUCACGCUGAUUACUAGUUACAACCUGGAGAGCUUCAAGUCAUUUUAGGACAGUAUCCAGAACUUCUGAGACACUGAAGAAGAUUCAAAGAGGGCGCAAUGCGAUUAGUCGAUGUGGAGUUAGAGGAACACGUGGACACGUCGUCCCAGGACAGCAGGACGUCCACAAACAGCCCAAAAUAUCUGUCACACUCUAUUGAGGAAAUAUUGAAAAAACCUGCAUGUUCGAGCGUCCCAUCUGAGAGAACGGACAAGAAACUUAAAACAUCUGAAUGCACACAGAGCAAGAUAAAGACGGACGCUCCCACAAGCAGUCCAUACACAGCUCGUCGGUCCGGUCGCAGACGGGUACGGACCACGUUCACUGUGAGCCAGCUGGAAGAGCUAGAAAGAGUUUUUCAGGAAACACACUAUCCUGACGUUCACACCAGAGACCAGCUCGCCUGUCGAACGCAGCUGUCUGAGGGAAGAGUACAGAUCUGGUUCCAGAACCGCAGGGCGAAGUGGAGGCGCAGUGAAGCCAAAGCAGCACACAGACCGCUGACAGAUGCAAAACACACUAACCACCUCCUGACACCUGUCCUCUACGUUCCGUACCUGAGUUUUCAUCAGAAGCUCUUGCUGCCGGAGUCGUUCUGUCCUCCGAUUGGUCGUCCUGAACAUGCCACUCUUCAGCACCAUUCAUACUUCUGACCUUGUUGGUUUCGGGCUACUACAAAAGAGACAUUUUCAGUUUCAGUGCAAUGAAGAUCAAGGAUCUAUUCUGGAAUAAAAAGACAUGUCAUGUCUUUUGUAAUAUUAAGUGUUAACUUUUCUGCACUGGUGUAUAUAAACAUGACUGUGUCGUGUGUUUUUGUAUUUAAAAGCCUUUUUUAUUUUAAAACAGAAAUGAUACGUGAAGUGAUGAACGUGUGGCAAGCUGUAAAUCAAUUUCCUUAUCUAAUCACAA